AUGACUGGUGGCAAGUCGGUCGCUUACGUGGUGGCUGCGUCGGGCCAGGUCCUAUUCUUGCCCGAGGCGUCGGACUUUAUCGCCCCCAACGCGCAGGCAUCGCUCGGCCUCGCCUCGCCGCAGUCGACAUCGCCCUUCGUCCUCGGCCUGCGGGCGGCGGCGGAGACGCACUCGAUCGCCGUGCACGUCGGCAUUCACCACGCCGCCGGCGGCCCCGGCGAGGAGGGACGAAAGCUGCUCAACCGGGCGCUGUACAUCAACGCGGCGGGCGGCAUCGAGGAGGCGGCCACGUACGACAAGCUUCACGUCUUCGACUACGGCUCUCUCAAGGAGAGCAGGACGGUGCAGCCGGGCGCGAGGCUGACGGCGCCGUUUGACACGCCCGUCGGCCGCAUCGGGAGCCUCAUAUGCUUCGACCUUCGUUUCCCCGAGACGGCCGUCGCGCUCGCCCAGCCAGCCCGGUCGAGCCCGUGGUCCGACCGCCCGGCCCAGAUCCUGACGUACCCGAGCGCCUUCACCGUGCGCACGGGCGCCGCCCACUGGGAGACGCUGCUGCGGGCGCGCGCCAUCGAGACGGAGAGCUGGGUCGUGGCGGCGGCCCAGGUCGGCCGGCACAACGACCGGCGGGCGAGCUACGGCCGGAGCAUCGUCGUCGACCCCUGGGGCGAGGUGAGGCUGCGGCUCAAGAGCGUCACGGGUCCGGACGGCGAGGCCGAGGAGGGCGCCGUCGGCGAGCUUGGCUUUGUCGAGAUGGACAUGGAGAUGACGGAUCGCGUGCGGGCGCAGAUGCCGCUGCGGAGGCGAAGGUGA